AAGUUGCAGGACACCGGCCCUUGAGGACUGGAGUUUGACACCCCUGAUUUAGAACAACAGUAUUUUCCAUACUCAGCUCAUCUUACAAAUAUAACAUGCAGAAGUUGCGUACAAUUAAGCUAUCUGGAUCCUCCUGAAAUUACCAGAGGUUUUAGGGAUUUUAACCACGGCUGUUUGCAUUUUAAACCACAUUUAAGAGAGUCAAUGUUUACUCUUUAUGACAAUUGAAUGGUGCUGCAAACAGUAUAGUCUCAGCACUCACAAAUCCUACAGAAUCAGAACUUUUAAAGUUUUUGUGUAACUUGAUUUAUUUUAAUUGCGUGUAUGCUUCUAUGUAGUCAUUCUAAAAUUACAUUGUUUUUAUAACUAUUUGUAUAUGAUCACUAUGGUUUUAUUAUGUUUAUUUUUUUUAUCUCUGUAAUCAUGGACUUGUGUGUUAAUAAAGAUUAAUUGUCUGAUUAGUUAUGCACUACAUGGGACAUGACCUCAAUAUGUAGUUGACACUCCUGUUACAUAAAAUACUGCAUCACUGCUGAGGCAUCUGUAGCUGUGCUGAGGUACAUUGGAGACCCAGGUUGUUUUAAUAGAGGCCUGAGCCUCCUCUACUUUAGUGUCUCAUCUUUCACUUGACUAUACUCCUUAAAUUAUUUAUUGGCUUUAUGUUAAGAUAGUUUGCAAGGCCUUUCCCUCGUAGCCCACUUUGAAUCCUUCUGAUGUUUUGUCCAGUUUAAGACCUAAAGCAAAGGCAGAAACAGUUGUGGCCGAUGUCCUGGUUAUAUCAAUGUGUAGUGAUUCAUGAAACGCUGGAUUCAGCCUCGGUCCACUCCUUGUGAAUCUCCACCAAACUUGUAAAAGCGCUUUGCUUCAAGGCUAAUCUCAACAUGGCCACACCAGUCCCUGUGCUUCGCCUACCGAAAGGUCCUGACCCAAACAGCCGUGGGUUCGACCCGAACUCUCCUCGCUACAUCGCUCUGUGCCGUACGUCCAUCCCCACUUCAGCCGCGGCAGAGUCGGACCCCCAGCAGCUGCAGGAGGAGCAGCAUGCACGUUCGGUGCUGAGAGAGCGCUUCCUGCGCUGUCUGCUCGCCAUGUCCAACAAGAAGGUUCGGUUCCACAUGCACGAGAAGGUGAACGUCGAGGCCACGUUUGGGGCGUCGGACAUCGACGUGCUGAACUUUCAGGUGUCCGACCUGCACACUCCCAUCGGGGUGCAAAAAGAGGCCCUCAUCAGAAGCCAGGAUGUCAUUUCAUUUACAUUUGAUGUAUGACACUUUGGGCCCGAAUCCCAUGUUUUGAUCUCAGCAAUGGUCUUCUCACUUCAGGAUAUUGUUGUACAAUAUCUUUGCAAAAGUGUAAGAUUCAGAUCUUGCAUCCAUAAAUUGUUUACGUGCCACCACAAGAGGGAGCCAUUGAUUCGUCAUGAACAAAGUGUUUGGCAUUUUGGUAGAAAGGUAUUUUUAUACCUUUUAAUCAGAAACCAAGCGCUGAACUUGUUGCUGUCUGCUGGGAGUUUGAUAGUAUUGCAGUUUUACUCACAGUUUGAUUCUCAGUCCUUCAGUUGUCAUCUGCUUCCUGACAUAUGCUGCCUGAUAUUAAUAUAACAACAUGUCACCUAAAUGGCCACAUUUAGUAUUUAAACACACAUCAUCUUCUGACGUGCAACAAGUGUUUUUUUUGUUUCUAUUUCUCACACUUUUUACAUUUAUGUUUUUGUAUUUACCCAUUUUGUACUUUGUUGAAAAAUAGUUUUGUUCAAAUAUGGUUUUGAAUACUUUACAUUUUGAGAAAAUGGAAAUAAAAAACUGCAUACAAACAAAA